AUGCUUCUUUUUACAGCACCGACUACCACGGUCAUCAUCGACAUAGACACAGUCGCUACCAAUCUGUUCCAGGAUUCAGUCACGGGGGACAGUGUUGACGACAGCGUUCUCUCCCUCAGUCGCCGCAAUGACCACCUGACCGUCGCUCUUCUGGGCGUAAGCUCCGUCAGGAGCGUCGUCGAGAAUCCACUGCGUAAACCCCUUCCACGAGUCCUGGUUUUCCAUGUCCUAAGUGAGGAUGGAACGGUCCCUAUCACGGAUGAGCGGGACGUCGAUUCAGCCGACGUCAAUGGCAUCCCAGCUGACCUCAAGCCAAGACCCCAGACCCUGUGGCUGAUCGUUGAGCAUGUACUGUAG